AAUGUGUAUGUAAACAUAAACCGCAUCAUGUCAGUAGCAAAUCGCCUGGUCGAGUCUGGCCAUUAUGCUUCACAGCAAAUCAAACAGAUCGCUAGUCAGUUGGAGCAAGAAUGGAAGGCAUUUGCUGCAGCCUUGGAUGAACGUAGCACGUUACUGGAAAUGUCUUCCAUCUUCCAUCAGAAAGCUGAACAGUACAUGAGCAAUGUGGACUCAUGGUGUAAAGCUUGUGGUGAGGUGGAGCUUCCCUCAGAACUGCAAGAUUUAGAAGAUGCUAUCCAUCAUCAUCAAGGGAUAUACGAGCAUAUUACCUUGGCUUACUCUGAGGUGAGCCAAGAUGGAAAGUCACUGCUUGACAAACUUCAGAGACCUUUGACUCCUGGGAGUUCCGAUUCCCUCACCGCUUCUGCCAACUACUCAAAAGCAGUUCAUCAUGUUCUGGAUGUUAUCCAUGAAGUACUGCACCACCAGCGCCAACUGGAAAACAUUUGGCAGCAUCGAAAGGUCCGCUUGCACCAACGGCUUCAGCUGUGUGUUUUUCAACAGGACGUUCAACAGGUGUUGGAUUGGAUUGAAAACCAUGGAGAAGCUUUUCUUAGCAAACAUACAGGAGUGGGAAAAUCCCUGCAUCGGGCUAGAGCUUUGCAGAAACGCCACGAAGACUUUGAAGAGGUUGCACAGAACACGUAUACCAAUGCAGAUAAGCUCCUAGAAGCAGCUGAACAGCUCGCUCAGACUGGGGAGUGUGACCCGGAGGAAAUCUAUCAAGCUGCCCAUCAGCUCGAAGACCGGAUACAGGAUUUUGUUAGGCGUGUGGAGCAACGCAAGAUCCUGCUGGACAUGUCCGUGUCCUUUCACACACACGUUAAAGAGCUGUGGACAUGGCUUGAAGAGUUACAGAAAGAACUGCUUGAUGAUGUCUAUGCUGAGUCUGUGGAGGCUGUCCAAGACCUAAUUAAACGUUUUGGUCAACAACAACAAACCACUCUGCAGGUUACAGUCAAUGUCAUAAAAGAAGGCGAAGAUCUUAUACAGCAACUAAGGGAUUCUGCCAUUUCUAGUAACAAGACCCCGCAUAACAGCUCAAUCAACCACAUAGAGACAGUCCUGCAGCAGCUGGAUGAAGCCCAGUCUCAAAUGGAGGAGCUUUUUCAAGAACGCAAGAUCAAGCUUGAGCUGUUUCUGCAGCUCCGCAUAUUUGAAAGAGAUGCAAUAGAUAUAAUUUCAGAUCUGGAGUCUUGGAAUGAUGAGCUUUCUCAGCAGAUGAAUGACUUUGACACUGAAGAUCUCACAAUAGCUGAACAGAGGCUCCAGCAUCAUGCAGACAAAGCCCUGACGAUGAAUAACUUGACCUUCGAUGUCAUCCACCAAGGGCAGGAUCUGCUGCAGUAUGUCAAUGAAGUGCAGGCAUCUGGUGUUGAGCUGCUUUGUGACAGAGACGUAGACAUGGCCACCCGUGUCCAGGACCUGCUGGAGUUCCUGCACGAAAAACAGCAGGAGCUGGACGUGGCGGCGGAGCAGCACCGCAAGCACCUGGAGCAGUGCGUCCAGCUGCGCCACCUGCAGGCCGAAGUCAAGCAGGUUUUGGGCUGGAUCCGAAAUGGGGAGUCAAUGUUAAAUGCUGGGCUUAUCACUGCCAGCUCGUUGCAGGAGGCAGAACAGUUACAGAGGGAACAUGAGCAGUUUCAACAUGCCAUAGAGAAAACACAUCAAAGUGCCCUGCAGGUUCAGUAGAAGGCAGAGGCAAUGCUGCAGGCUAAUCACUAUGACAUGGAUAUGAUCCGGGAGUGUGCAGAGAAGGUUGCUUCCCAUUGGCAACAACUGAUGCUGAAAAUGGAGGACCGUCUCAAGCUUGUGAACGCUUCUGUGGCCUUCUAUAAAACUUCUGAACAGGUGUGCAGCGUGCUGGAAAGCCUGGAGCAAGAAUAUAAGCGAGAAGAAGACUGGUGUGGGGGAGCAGACAAACUGGGUCCUAACUCUGAAACAGAUCAUGUGACUCCCAUGAUAAGCAAACACCUGGAACAGAAGGAGGCGUUCCUAAAGGCUUGCACGCUGGCUCGGAGGAAUGCUGAUGUCUUCCUGAAGUACUUGCACAGGAACAGUGUAAACAUGCCCGGGAUGGUGACGCACAUCAAAGCACCUGAACAGCAAGUCAAAA